AUGAGAGAAGAACAACCCCACCUUCAUCGAGGUGAACGCCACCACUCUUAUCACCUUCAUCGAGGUGAGACAGAGAAGAACCUUCCACACAACACCACUAACACCACUCUUAUCACCUUCAUCGAGGACCUGAAGCAGUAUGGUGCAACAACAGUGGUGCGGGUGUGUGAGGUCACCUACGACAAGACACCUCUGGAGAAGGAUGGCAUCACAGUCAUGGACUGGGCCUUUGAUGACGGUGCCCCUCCUCCCACUAAGAUCGUGGAUGAUUGGCUGAACCUGCUGAAGACUAAGUUCCGUGAGGACCCUGGCUGCUGCGUGGCGGUGCACUGUGUUGCCGGGCUGGGACGGGCUCCUGUGCUGGUGGCUCUGGCUCUGAUCGAGGGCGGGAUGAAGUAUGAGGAGGCAGUUCAGUUCAUCAGGCAGAAGCGCAGGGGAGCGAUCAACAGCAAGCAGCUGACCUACCUGGAGAAAUACCGCUCCAGACAGCGACUACGCUUCAAAGACCCUCACAAACACAAGAACAAGUGCUGUGUGAUGUGAUGAUGUAGUGUGACCCCGCAGCCCGCCUGUUCUGACCCAUAUGGAACAACUACAUGAACUUUAAUAUUGGACCGACCUCCACCCCGCUAAGAUGCAUUUAGGACUUGACCUGUUGUCUGUUUCCAUGGGGACAGUUAGUUGCCACUGUUCUGUUGGGAUUCUUCUGCUUCUCACUCUCAGGGCUGUUAGAGACCAUCUCCUCUCUGAUGUCUUUGAAAGAACACGUUCGUCCCCAACUGCCGGCCAAUUGAACUCAUAGAGAGGAAAAACAAACAAGCCCUAUUUCCAUCAAGUGUACACACACACACACACACACACACACUGACAAACUAUUUUGCACUGAUUGUGACAUACUGUGACACACACACACAACGCCAUUGACCACCAGACCAACCCCUCAACCAGCAGCAACACUGUCAGCUUGGUCCCAGGCCUGAUCGUUCCUCUUUCCUCCCUGCUGCUAGGUAGCACUGCCCCAACCCAAAGCACUGUCAAUGAAACACACCACUAGCUGUCACAACAGGUCUGCAUCACCAUACACCAUGUUAACUGAAAGCCCCUGCUAGCCAUGAUGACAUGAAUGAAAUAAUCAUGAAAAAUAACAGAUUUUAUGCUGUCUGUGUGUUUUUAUCUCAAUGUUUCAAGGAAAUCCAGUUUAACGUCUUUGUUAAAUUGAAAUGCCAUCCACAGAGCUCAGCCAUCUUGCUCCUUGCUCCGUUUUCAUAAUGCAUGUAAGUUAACACUUGUUAGAAUCAUGUCCUUGUCUCCUUUUUUUGAGGAUAUGGGGAUGCGGGAUGGGACUUAAAAUAGGACAAGGUUUUGUGCUGAGUCGCCGUUUUUUUUAAAUAGCAAUAUUUUUUACAUUGUGAUAUGAAAUACUCUGGGAUUAGGAUUCUUCACCACUGGUUGCUUCUGUUGUACAACAUGAAGGAUCUCAGUGUAUCAUGUAGGAGUCAGCUGAGCCUGGGUGGGCUUGGUAGGCAACACCGUCUGUGUCCCCGAUGGCACACUAUUCCCUAUAUAGUGCACUACUUUUGACCAGAGGUCUAUGGGCUACAAUGCCUUGAAAUAUACACAAAAACAUGGACUCGCACUGAUCUUAUGGGCUCCGGUCAAAAGUUGUGCACUAUAUAGGGAGUAGGGUGCCAUCUGGGACGCGUACUAUGCUUUGGGAACGUAAACAUGGCGGUGCCCCGUAGUCGUCUCUGGGAUGAAAAACAGCCAACUGAACCGUCUGCUCAGAAAUAACGUCCUGGCUCUGUAUCUGUCAGUGUGGAUAUAAAUGUCUCUCAUCCUGCCUCUGAAAUAGCACCCUAUUCCCCUUUUAUAGUGCACUACUAUAUAGCACACUUUUGACUAUAGUCCUAUGGGCUCUGGUCAAAAGUGGUGCACUAAAUAGGGAAUAGGGUGCAAGACGCAGUCUCAGUUAAGGACCGGUACUGAAGGAAUGACUCGUAUCCUUGGAAGAAAGCUGUCACAUUUAUCUGCUGCCUUGGAAGUAACCCACUUCAGAUUGUUCACAGUUAAUGAAGUACAAGAAAUAAAGUAAUUGUUUAAAGUAA